UCAAGCUUCCAACCCCAAAUUACAGAUUUUGUCUUUGCUUAUUUACUUCCAUGUGCUUCUAAGAUUAAAUUUAUUUUACUGGGUAUAUUAGAUUUUAGUAGUAUAUGAUCAAAAUUAUUUUAUUGGGUAUUGGUUUUUUUUGAUUUCUCCUUAUAACAAUCUUUUCACACAGUAUUCAAUAAGAGUUGCCUUGUUCUUUCAAGUCCCAAGAUUAUCCUUCUCCUCCACUUUCUAAGCCCAACCCCCUCAUGUCUGUCUUCUGCUUUCCUUCUUUCUUUCUCUCCCUGCUUUAGCAUAUUUUCUCCAUUGUUUAGUCACACCUCAUAAGUGAUAUCUUGUCUCUCCUUUUUAACUCAAUUGGGUUCACUUUACCAACCUUGAUCUUGUUCAUUUUCCUUUGUACCCUUCACCAUUACACUUCUUUUAAUUUGGUUAUCUUGUUCGGCCUCCACCAUUAUAAAACUUUUCGCCAUUUUUAUUUUUGUUUUCCUCCCUCUCUCUUUCUCUCUGUGCCCAGCUAUUCUCCCCUCCAAAUUCCAAUCAUGGCUGAUCCCUACUCCAAUUGCUUCAACGGAUGGUAUAACCUAAACCAUCAUCUACAACACUUAUCUUCCUCCUCAGCUUCUUGCAAUCCAUCUUUAUAUGCAUCCUAUGGCUUCAACUCUUUCAUUUAUCACUACCAAUAUUCCUCAUCACCUCCCUCUCCUCCUGUCAAAGAAGCUCUUCCACUUCUCAGUUUAAGCCCAGCAAGGCAUGACGACCAGAAGCAAGAAUCCCGGUGCAGUGCCACGGAAUGGGGCAAGGACAAAGACAAAGAAGAAAGCUUGUUUGAUGAUGAAGCUGUGACUGUGGCUUUGCAUUUAGGGCUUCCUAGUCCUAGCUCUGCUGAUUUGAUCUCAAGCUUAUCCUCCACAGAGAUCUCUUCAGAUAAAGAAGAAGUUACUGUUGCUUCUGGGUAUCAGACAGCCAAUACUCUUAACAAGGGUCAGUAUUGGAUCCCUACCCCUGCUCAGAUUCUGAUUGGUCCUACUCAGUUUUCAUGUCCUCUUUGCUUCAAGACCUUCAACAGAUACAAUAACAUGCAGAUGCAUAUGUGGGGGCAUGGAUCUCAGUAUAGGAAAGGGCCAGAGUCCCUAAGAGGAACACAGCCAACUGCAAUGCUUAGGCUACCUUGCUAUUGCUGUGCACCAGGAUGCAGGAACAAUAUUGAUCAUCCAAGAUCAAAACCACUCAAAGAUUUUAGAACCCUUCAAACCCAUUACAAGAGAAAACAUGGAAUCAAGCCUUUUAUGUGCAGAAAAUGUAGCAAGGCUUUUGCUGUUAGAGGUGAUUGGAGAACCCAUGAGAAGAACUGCGGGAAACUUUGGUAUUGCACUUGUGGGUCUGAUUUCAAGCACAAAAGGUCUCUCAAAGAUCAUAUCAAGUCAUUCGGGCAUGGACACGCAGCUUACGGUAUUGACUCCUUUGAGGAAGAAGAUGAAGAACCAGCCUCUGAAAUUGAGCAAGAUAAUGAAUGCACUCAGUGAAAGAAAUUAAAUGUCUCGAAAACUAUGAUCCAUAUUUUGAGUUGAUAAUGUUUUUACACAAUCGUGGCCUCUUAAAGCAUUAGAGUUAUGUAAUCUCGAAGCCAUGUUCUCAAAGCCAUGUUCUAUCUUCUCAGUAUUAUUAUUAUUAUCAUUAUUAUUAUUAUUAUUAUUA